CCGGGUCCUUGUCCACCAUAUCCUCCUAAGGUCAUUGUUAUUCUUCCCCUAUAAACAGGAAAUGUGAUCAGAAUCAAUAAAACCAAGCAGAAAAUGAGCUGUCAUCUACCUCCACCGAGACCAGCACCAAGACCCGCUCCACCUCCACCAAAGCCUGUUCCAGUUCCUGCUCCAGUUCCAGCACCGCUUAGCCCAAAUCCAGCUCCUGCACCGGCUCCUCCAGAGGAUGAUGAUGCAUUUUAUGUGACGCCUGACCUGCAGGUGCUGCCCUGCAUACAUGCGCCGAAGGGGGACCCACCUCCUUGCUGCGACGGUUUCCACAGAGCCAGGAGAAGCACGCCAUGCAGGCCAGAUUUGCUCCAUUUGGGUCGCACUUUCAACACCCUUGAAUUAGCUAACCAACCGACCAACCUCUGUGUUAGCUAACCAACCGACCACCGCUGUGUUAGCUAACCAACCGACCACCGCUGUGUUAGCUAACCAACCGACCAACCACUGUGUUAGCUAACCAACCGACC